GCUAGUAAGAGAUUCAGCAGAGACAUGGCUAAUGAAGAUGAACCCAAUAACCACCUCUUGGGCAUCAGAAAUCUCUCUCAUAAGACUUUCCUUCAUAGCGAUGCACUCUAUCAGUACAUACUUGAAACCAGUAUUUAUCCAAGAGAGCACGAGUGCUUGAAGGAGAUCCGCGAGAUGACAGAAAAACACCCUCGGAACAUAAUGGCUACACCACCAGACGAAGGACAAUUUCUGAGCAUGCUUAUUAAGCUCAUUAAUGCCAAGAACACCUUGGAAAUUGGUGUAUACACCGGUUACUCUUUAAUAUUGGGGAAAAAAUUGCUUUGGUGA